CAGCGCCGCCGGCCGCCGCGAGCCGUCGUGGGGCGGGGGCCGAGGGCGCCGUGGCUCGAGGGACAUGGGCGGCGGGAGGAAACGGAGGAAGGAGGCGUGAGGGGCCGGCGCUGCCCGGGACGGGUCUGGGGCGCGGAUCUGCAGCUCGAGCCACCAUGUCGGACAAGAUGUCUAGCUUCCUCUACAUCGGCGACAUCGUAUCCCUCUACGCCGAAGGUUCAGUCAACGGCUUCAUCAGCACGCUGGGAUUAGUGGAUGAUAGAUGUGUGGUUCAGCCAGAGGCAGGGGACCUCGCUAACCCUCCCAAGAAGUUCAGAGACUGCCUUUUCAAGGUGUGUCCUAUGAACCGGUAUUCAGCACAAAAGCAGUACUGGAAAGCCAAACAGGCGAAGCAAGGAAACCACACAGAAGCAGCAUUACUUAAGAAACUACAACAUGCAGCAGAACUAGAGCAGAAGCAGAAUGAAAGUGAGAACAGAAAGUUGUUGGGUGAAAUCGUCAAAUACAGCAAUGUUAUACAGUUACUGCACAUAAAAAGCAACAAAUACCUCACGGUCAAUAAGAGAUUACCAGCUCUGUUGGAGAAGAAUGCUAUGCGGGUCUCACUGGAUACUGCAGGGAAUGAGGGGUCCUGGUUUUACAUCCAGCCAUUUUGGAAACUGAGGAGUGAAGGGGACAAUGUUGUUGUGGGGGAUAAAGUUGUACUGAUGCCAGUCAAUGCAGGACAGCCUCUGCAUGCCAGCAGUAUAGAGCUUUUGGAUAACCCAGGCUGCAAGGAGGUAAAUGCUGUAAAUUGCAAUACAAGCUGGAAAGUAACUUUGUUCAUGAAAUACAGUAGCUACCGAGAUGAUGUACUUAAAGGAGGAGAUGUUGUUAGACUGUUUCAUGCAGAGCAAGAGAAGUUUCUGACUUGUGAUGAAUAUGAGAAGAAUCAACAUAUAUUUCUUCGCACAACAUUGCGUCAGUCAGCCACUUCUGCAACAAGUUCCAAAGCACUGUGGGAAAUAGAGGUUGUACAUCAUGAUCCAUGCCGGGGAGGAGCAGGACAAUGGAAUAGCUUGUUCAGAUUUAAACAUCUAGCAACUGGGAACUACUUAGCUGCAGAGCUUAAUCCACAUUAUCCAGAGGGCAGUAAUGAAGGAAAGGUCCAGCAGAGAGAUGGAGACCUUCCUGCUUCAAAGAAGAAACGCCAAGCAGGGGAGAAGAUUAUGUAUACUUUGGUCUCUGUACCACAUGGAAAUGACAUUGCAUCUCUCUUUGAACUGGAUGCCACCACUCUUCAGAGAGCUGAUUGCCUGGUUCCAAGGAAUUCUUAUGUGAGACUGAGGCACUUAUGCACUAAUACCUGGGUGACCAGCACUAGCAUUCCUAUAGACACAGAUGAAGAGAGGCCUGUAAUGUUGAAGAUUGGGACGUGCCAAACAAAAGAAGACAAAGAAGCUUUUGCCAUUGUUUCAGUUCCUCUGUCUGAGGUUAGAGACUUGGAUUUUGCCAAUGAUGCCAACAAAGUGUUAGCAUCAACUGUUAAAAAGUUGGAGAAUGGAACAAUAACACAAAAUGAAAGGAGGUUUGUAACCAAGCUGCUGGAAGAUCUCAUUUUCUUUGUUGCUGAUAUACCUAAUAAUGGGCAGGAAGUUUUGGAUGUGAUUGUCACCAAGCCAAACCGAGAAAGGCAGAAGUUAAUGAGGGAACAAAAUAUCUUAGCCCAGAUAUUUGGGAUUCUCAAAGCUCCUUUUAAGGACAAAGGAGGAGAAGAAUCAAUGCUGAGACUUGAAGAUCUUGGUGAUCAGAGAUAUGCUCCAUACAAAUACGUGUUAAGGCUAUGUUACAGGGUACUCAGACAUUCCCAGCAGGACUAUAGAAAAAAUCAGGAAUAUAUUGCUAAGAAUUUCUGUGUCAUGCAGUCCCAGAUUGGCUAUGAUAUUCUGGCAGAAGACACCAUCACAGCUUUGUUACACAACAACAGAAAGCUACUAGAGAAACACAUCACCGCAAAGGAAAUAGAGACAUUUGUUAGUUUACUCAGGAGGAAUCGAGAGCCAAGGUUCUUGGAUUAUCUAUCAGACCUAUGUGUUUCUAACACCACCGCAAUACCAGUAACUCAGGAGCUUAUCUGCAAGUUUAUGCUGAGUCCAGGAAAUGCUGACAUUCUCAUUCAAACCAAGCUGGUUUCAACGCAGAUAGACAAUCCCUUGGAAUGUUCAGUCAUCCCAGAUGAUAUUGAUGAGGAAGAAGUUUGGUUGUAUUGGAUUGACAGCAACAAAGAACCUCAUGGCAAAGCUAUCAGACAUCUGGCUCAGGAGGCUAAGGAAGGCACAAAAGCUGAUUUGGAAGUUCUUACUUAUUACAGGUACCAGUUAAAUCUAUUUGCAAGAAUGUGCCUUGACCGCCAAUACCUAGCCAUAAACCAGAUUUCUACUCAGUUGUCAGUAGAUUUGAUUCUGCGAUGCGUGUCUGAUGAAAGCCUUCCAUAUGACCUACGGGCUUCUUUUUGCCGUCUUAUGCUACACAUGCAUGUAGACAGAGAUCCACAGGAAACUGUAGUUCCUGUCAAAUAUGCCAGAUUAUGGACAGAAAUUCCUACCAAGAUCACGAUCCAUGAGUAUGAUUCUUUCACAGAUUCCUCAAGAAAUGAAAUGAAAAGGAAAUUUGCUCUGACUAUGGAAUUUGUAGAAGAGUACUUGAAAGAAGUUGUAAAUCAGCCAUUUCCUUUUGGGGACAAAGAGAAAAACAAACUUACAUUUGAGGUGGUACAUCUGGCUCGAAACCUCAUAUAUUUUGGCUUUUAUAGUUUCAGUGAGCUACUCAGACUUACUAGGACCCUACUAGCUAUUCUAGAUAUUGUUCAGGUUCCUAUGUCAUCAUACUUCGAAAGACUAAGCAAAUUUCAGGACGGAGGUGAGCAAAGAGGAAACAACGUUAUGAGGACUAUCCAUGGUGUGGGAGAGAUGAUGACACAAAUGGUGCUGAGCAGAGGAUCUAUCUUUCCUAUCAGCACUCCUGAUGUACCACCAAGCAUCCACCCAAGCAAGCAAGCUAGUACUAUGGAAAGUGAAGAUGUGAUUGUGAUGGACACCAAAUUAAAAAUCAUUGAGAUUCUGCAGUUUAUCCUUAGUGUUAGACUGGACUAUAGAAUAUCCUACAUGCUGUCUAUCUACAAGAGAGAGUUUGGAGAAAAUGGUGAAAAUGUUGAUAGCGCCUCAGUCUCUCCCCCAGACUCACCAGGGAUCGUCUCAGCGAUUGUUCCUGACAUAGAUGAAAUUGCAGCUCAGGCUGAAACCAUGUUUGCUGGCAGAAAAGAAAAAAAUCCUGUAGAGCUGGAUGAUGAGGGCAGCAGAACUUUUUUACGGGUUCUCAUUCACCUUAUUAUGCACGACUAUCCUCCUUUGCUAUCGGGGGCUCUUCACCUGCUAUUUAAACACUUCAGUCAAAGAGCAGAAGUUCUGCAAGCAUUUAAACAGGUCCAGUUGCUGGUGUCUAAUCAGGAUGUGGAUAACUACAAGCAAAUCAAAGCUGAUCUUGAUCAAUUGCGAUUAACUGUAGAAAAAUCUGAAUUAUGGGUUGAAAAAAGCAGCAGCUAUGAGAGUGGAGAACUGGGCGAGGGUCAGGCAAAAGGUGGUGAAGAGCCAGUAGAGGAACCAAAUAUUUUAAGCCCAGUACAGGAUGGAACCAAAAAACCACAGAUUGACAGCAAUAAGAGUAAUAAUUACAACAUUGUUAAGGAGAUUUUGAUUCGACUCAGCAAACUUUGUGUCCAGAAUAAAAAAUGUCGAAUUCAGCAGCAACGGUUGUUGAAAAAUAUGGGAGCCCACUCAGUCGUACUGGACCUUCUCCAGAUACCCUAUGAACAGACUGAUGAGAAGAUGAACGAAAUUAUGAACCUAGCUCACAUUUUUCUCCAGAAUUUCUGUCGAGGAAAUCCUCAGAAUCAAGUUCUCCUCCACAAAAACCUCAAUUUGUUCCUAACACCUGGACUUCUUGAAGCUGAAACCAUGCGGCAUAUCUUCAUGAACAAUUACCAUCUGUGCAAUGAAAUUAGCGAGAGAGUAGUGCAACACUUUGUACACUGUAUAGAGACACAUGGGCGUCAUGUGGAAUACCUGCGUUUUCUUCAGACAAUUGUAAAAGCAGAUGGCAAAUAUGUGAAAAAAUGCCAGGAUAUGGUAAUGACAGAGCUGAUAAAUGGAGGUGAAGAUGUGUUGAUAUUUUACAAUGAUAGAGCAUCAUUUCCAGUUCUCCUUCAAAUGAUGUGCUCAGAGCGAGACCGAGCAGAUGAGAGUGGACCUUUGGCUUACCACAUCACACUGGUGGAGUUGCUAGCAGCAUGUACAGAAGGGAAGAAUGUAUAUACAGAGAUCAAGUGUAAUUCACUCUUGCCACUGGAUGAUAUAGUGAGAGUGGUGACCCACGAUGACUGCAUACCAGAGGUGAAAAUUGCAUACGUGAACUUUGUUAAUCACUGUUACGUGGACACUGAGGUGGAAAUGAAGGAAAUUUAUGCCAGUAACCACAUUUGGAAAUUAUUUGAGAACUUUCUUGUUGAUAUGGCAAGGGUUUGUAAUACAACUACAGAUCGGAAACAUGCAGACACAUUUCUGGAGAAGUAUGUCACUGAGCCAGUAAUGAACAUUGUGAGCGGCUUCUUCAAUUCUCCGUUUUCAGAUAACAGCACCAGCCUUCAGACACAUCAGCCAGUUUUUAUUCAACUGCUGCAGUCUGCCUUCAGAAUUUACAACUGUACUUGGCCAAACCCAGCACAGAAAGCCUCUGUGGAGUCAUGUAUCAAAACUUUGGCUGAAGUGGCAAAGAACCGAGGCAUUGCAAUUCCAGUGGAUUUGGACAGCCAAGUAAAUACCCUGUUCAUGAAGAGUCACUCUAAUAUGGUCCAGAGAGCAGCCAUGGGAUGGCGAAUGUCUGCCCGCAGCGGACCUCGUUUCAAAGAAGCUCUUGGAGGACCUUCCUGGGAUUACAGGAAUAUCAUUGAAAAACUGCAGGAUGUAGUGUCUGCCUUGGAGCAGCAGUUCACUCCCAUGAUGCAGGCUGAAUUCUCAGUGCUCGUUGAUGUACUGCACAGCCCAGAGCUUCUCUUUCCUGAGGGGAGUGAUGCUAGGAUAAGGUGUGGUGCAUUUAUGUCGAAGUUGAUUAAUCACACAAAGAAGCUAAUGGAGAAAGAAGAAAAGCUCUGCAUUAAAAUUCUUCAGACACUGCGAGAAAUGCUCGACAAGAAAACUAAUUUUGUGGAAGAGGGCAACACUUUAAGGAAAAUCCUUCUAAAUCGCUACUUUAAAGGAGACUAUGGAAGUGGCAUGAAUGGGCCUCUGUCCGGCAGCUACAGCAAAACUGCACAAGUGGGAGGUGGAUUUUCAGGGCAAGAUUCAGAUAAGUCUGGGGUAUCGAUGUUUGAUAUUCAGUGCCUUCUGGACAAAGAGGGUGCAUCAGAACUGGUUAUAGAUGUUAUAGUAAAUACCAAAAGUAACAGAAUUUUCUCAGAAGGCAUUUUGCUUGGCAUUGCAUUGCUUGAAGGUGGAAAUACACAAACACAGUACUCCUCUUAUCAGCAAUUGAAGGAGCAAAAAAAGUCAGAAAAAUUCUUUAAAGUUCUAUAUGACCACAUGAAAGUUGCUCAGCAGGAAAUACGAUCAACAGUGACAGUCAACACUAUUGAUUUGGGAAGCAAGAAAAAGGAUGAUGAUAAUGACCCAACCAUAUCUGUUCCAAAAAAGAGAGUAAGGGAUAUGACACUGCAUCUCAAAGAAGGUAUGAAGGGCCAGUUAACAGAAGCAUCCUGUGCAACAUCCAAAGCUUACUCUGUGUAUAGGAGAGAAAUGGACCCAGAGGUUGAUCUUAUGGGUGCAGGAACAGAUCCUGUAAAUGUAGAAGAAAAGUCUGCUGAUGAAGCGAUGAUGAGUCCUGCUAUUGCUAUCAUGCAGCCAAUACUGAGAUUUCUUCAGUUGUUAUGUGAGAACCACAACCGAGAGCUCCAGAACUUUUUGAGACAUCAGAACAAUAAAACAAAUUACAACCUUGUUUGUGAGACCCUCCAGUUCUUAGAUUGUAUUUGUGGAAGUACAACAGGUGGACUAGGCCUCCUGGGGCUAUAUAUCAAUGAGAGGAAUGUUGCGCUUGUGAACCAAACUCUUGAGAGUUUGACUGAAUAUUGCCAAGGUCCAUGCCAUGAAAAUCAGACAUGCAUUGCCACCCAUGAAUCUAAUGGAAUUGACAUUAUAAUUGCACUGAUUCUGAAUGACAUAAACCCCCUUGGCAAAUACUGUAUGGACCUAGUGCUUCAGCUGAAGGACAAUGCCUCCAAGCUUUUGCUGGCUAUUAUGGAAAGCAGGCAUGACAGUGAGAAUGCUGAAAGAAUCCUUUUCAACAUGAGACCAAGGGAACUGGUGGAUGUAAUGAAGAAUGCUUACAAUCAAGGUCUAGAGUGUGACCAUCAGGAGGAGAAUGGUGAUGACAGUAUUUCCCCAAAAGAUGUUGGUCAUAAUAUCUAUAUAUUGGCACAUCAGUUGGCUCGACACAAUAAAACAUUACAGCAGAUGCUGAAGCCAGGGUCUGAUCCAGAUGAAGGGGAUGAAGCCUUGAAGUACUAUGCCAAUCACACAGCACAGAUUGAGAUUGUUCGUCAUGAUAGGACUAUGGAACAAAUAGUUUUUCCUGUCCCAAAUAUCUGUGAAUUCCUCACUCGAGAAUCUAAAAGUCGUGUAUUCAAUACAACAGAGAGAGAUGAACAAGGGAGCAAAGUGAAUGACUUCUUUCAGCAGACAGAGGAUCUGUACAAUGAAAUGAAAUGGCAGAAAAAAAUUAGAAAUAAUCCAGCCCUGUUCUGGUUCUCUAGACAUAUCUCUCUCUGGGGGAGCAUUUCCUUCAACCUGGCUGUGUUCAUCAACUUAGCAGUUGCUCUCUUCUACCCCUUUGGAGAUGAUGGAGAUGAAGGUACACUUUCUCCAUUGUUUUCAGUCCUCCUCUGGAUAGCAGUGGCAGUCUGUACAGCAGUGCUGUUUUUCUUCUCCAAGCCUGUUGGUAUUCGACCAUUUCUAGUAUCUGUAAUUCUCAGGUCUAUAUACACAAUAGGGCUUGGGCCAACAUUGAUACUUCUUGGUGCUGCUAAUCUUUGUAACAAAAUAGUAUUUUUGGUGAGUUUUGUUGGAAACCGUGGAACAUUCACACGUGGCUACAGAGCAGUUAUUAUGGACAUGGCCUUCCUCUAUCAUGUAGCCUAUGUCUUGGUUUGCAUGCUGGGUCUGUGCGUGCAUGAAUUCUUCUACAGUUUCUUGCUGUUCGAUUUGGUGUACAGAGAGGAGACUUUGCUAAAUGUUAUAAAAAGUGUUACACGAAAUGGUCGCUCCAUUAUCCUCACUGCAGUGCUAGCUCUUAUCCUAGUCUACCUCUUCUCAAUCAUUGGUUUCCUGUUCUUAAAGGAUGACUUCACCAUGGAGGUAGACAGACUGAAAAACAGAACUCCUGCUGCAGGCCCAGGAGAAGUUCCUACCACAACCCUAACAUCAAUGCUGAAAACAUGUACAAAAGAGAACUGUUCUACUUCAAUACCAAUUACUAAUCCGGGUGAAGAAGAGGAAGAAGAUGGAAUCGAGAGGACCUGUGACACUCUGCUCAUGUGCAUUGUUACUGUGUUAAACCAAGGGCUGAGAAAUGGUGGUGGCGUGGGGGAUGUACUGAGAAAGCCUUCCAAAAAUGAACCCUUGUUUGCCGCACGAGUUGUCUAUGAUCUCCUAUUUUAUUUCAUUGUCAUCAUUAUUGUUCUGAACCUUAUCUUUGGAGUCAUCAUUGACACAUUUGCUGAUCUCAGGAGUGAAAAACAGAAAAAAGAGGAAAUACUUAAGACAACCUGUUUUACCUGCGGCCUUGAGAGAGACAAGUUUGAUAACAAGACAGUCUCAUUUGAAGAGCACAUAAAGUCAGAGCACAAUAUGUGGCAUUAUUUGUAUUUUAUAGUCCUUGUCAAAGUUAAGGACCCAACCGAAUACACUGGUCCUGAAAGCUACGUGGCUCAGAUGAUUGCUGAGAAGAAUUUGGACUGGUUCCCUCGGAUGAGAGCCAUGUCCCUCGUUAGCAACGAGGGUGACAAUGAGCAAAAUGAAAUUAGAAACCUGCAAGAAAAGUUGGAGUCCACCAUGAGUCUUGUGAAACAGUUGUCUGGCCAGCUGGCUGAGCUCAAGGAACAGAUGACAGAACAAAGGAAAAAUAAGCAGAGGCUGGGCUUUCUUGGAUCAAACACACCCCAUGUGAAUCAUCACAUGCCACCACACUGAUACCAUGGGGAGAAACUGUGACUAGCCUUUCAUCAGUAUUCUUGCUUUAUUACAGAAUAAAAAGAUGAGAUUGAGAGGAGUGAACAGUGCCUAUUGUUACAAAGUUAAAAACAACUGAGUGCCAAGAUGCUAAGUGGUUUAGCUCUGGGAACAAUUUGUAACUGUUUUUCAUGGUUGAAAGGGACCAGAACCUAGAAUUCAAGAGAUACAAGAGAGUUUGUCUGUAUUCAUUCUUCAGGCCCAACUCUGCACUCUUUGCAAUUCAAUUGGCUCGAAUGGUGACUGUAUACAAUGCAAGUCAGGGCAGUAUUUUGGUUGUGUUCUUAGAACUGUUUUAAGAUUUCUGCUCAAAGUAAUGGAAUAAUGAGGGAAGGAGGAAAUAGCUUAUUAGCACACAUGCGACAGUCUUCUUCAGAAUCAAUAGAAGUUAUUUCUUGUCUUACUUGCCAAACAGCAACAUUAGUUAUAUUUGAUGGGCAUUUACUAUUUUUAAAUUACCAUAAAUAUGUCCAUGGGAAAAGUAAUAACAUUGCAGCAAGUUAACUUCUAUUAGAGUGGGGGGGGGAAACCCUGAAAAGACUUAAAAAAAAAAAAAAAAAAAAAAAGAAUUUGCAAAGAGAAACAUUAAUGCUUUUGAAUUUUAGCUGUCACCAUGCAAUUUCUUAUUUAUAACAUGGAGUACAAUGGAUCCACAGCUGCAGGAACUUUAUGCACAGAACAUUGGCAACAUAACUGGAAAUGAUUUAUUUCUCCUGGAUUCAGAUGUUCUCUAUUAAUAUGGCUGCAAGUGGAGAAUUCACAUACUCCAGUGUUUAAUAAUGUUUUAAAUUCAAGCUCCAAAGAAGGAUUUAGAAAAAUGUAUACAUGUUAAAAGGUGUAUUGGAGAUUUUCUUUUCUGGAAAAUCUUAGACAGGAUUGGCUAGGGGGAAUUGUCAUUGGUAUUAUUACCUUCUGUAAGCAGCCAGUAGGUAGUAUUUGACUUAAGUAAAUCAGCACCACAUCUCACUAUCUCCACUCAGUCCUACUUUCAAUAGGAAUUUUUCCUGAGGUAAGAAUUAAGAGCUCACGUAUGCAUGUUACGGCCAUUGACCUUGGUGGGAAACAGGAUCUGGCCCUUAGUUAAAGACAUCUGGGGCAUCUGACUCAUAAAUGUGCAUUUGUCAACUAUAUUGUUGCAAUGAUUUUUAAGAGAAAAGUUACAAAGUUUGUUAAAAGCCAAAAAAUGUUUAGGGGAAAGGUUUACAAGGCACAAACAAGUUAAAUCCCUGACUCCUAUGGAUUUUCAUUAGGAGUUGGCUACCUAACUGCUUUCUCCUUUAGUUUUUAAGAAGAACCUCUUGGGUUUGGGUAUUAGUCAAGGAUUUGAAGAAAUAUUUUUGAGAUUUUUUUUUCACCACAGAAAUUUUUGGUGAAAACAAAAAAUGAUAGUGUUGGAGUGAUGUUGUAGCCAUGGUGGUACAGGAAAUGUGAAAGGCAAAAAUGUUGUUUUUAAUUGAAAUAUUUUGUCAAAAGAUGAUUUUUUGUUACUGAGCACAGCUGAACACAAACAUUCUCAAUUCUGGAAUAACACAAACAAAAUGUCAGCUUCUUUUCACCUGAAAAUUCCUAUUUUGACUUGAUUUGUCACAGGUUUCAUUUUCAUGAAGAUCUUUUUGACUAACUCCAAUGGUUAUGACAUUUGCUUCACAAUAAAUUGGCAAUAUUAUUUUUCUAUUAUAAAAUACUGAUCAGGAAACAGCUAGCAGAUCUGAGACAAAGGGAAGGGACAUUUUUUUUUUCUGAAUGAAAACCAGAUCUCUUUAUAGCUAUCCUUGGAACCCAUAUCUUAUACAUAGCAUAAUGAGGUUGGUGGAAGAAAGGGAGAUUUGAGGGCUGAUUCUGCUUUCAUUAGGUUUAUCCUCGGCUUUAAUAGAUGGGGCACUUCAAGAUAUUCAGUCUGGGUUGGAGCCAGAGCCUUGUGUAUGUUAGAAAGGAAAGCUUGAUAUCUGGUGUGUGUUUACUUUGACAGGCUGUCAAUCCUUAUAUGGCUUUGAUCCUGAGAGUUGCCAAACAUAGAGGAUCACAUUGCGCCUUUUCCCCUUUACAAAAUGUCAUCCCAAUUCAGGCCCAGCCUACAUACUCCCCUUUCACAUGCACCAUGUGGGAGAGAAAGUGUUGCUUAAAAGGGAUGGCACUAGGGCAACAGAAGACAAUGGUGAUGGCCUAAACAGUUUGCUGCAUCCCUUCCUCCACCAGUUCACAACCAUUGCAUAGCCAGAGUUCUAGUUGGUUCACAGGGAGGGAAAAAUCCAUGUGAGCCAGAUUGAGGUCAAGUUGAGUUAAAAUCUAUCUACAGAGUAUGCUCUCAUUUACAGCUGAAAUUAAGUGUUUGGCAUUAGGUUCCUUUCCACCUGCUACAGACUCUUGUAGAAGAAAUAGGGUGCAAGGGCAGUAUAGGUCUUGAGGUGCAGUGUUCCCAGGCAAGAGAAAGGCCUCAAGCAAAGCAUGGCAGUGAAUUAUCUGGGAUCUAGAGAGUUGGAGUCCUCCUUGAAUCUUUAGACUCUAUAGAGGUGUGAGGCUGCACAUUCUUAUCUGUCCUGAAUAGCACCUUGAAGGGAGACUUCAAUAGAAUCUUGAUGAGCCUCUUGGAAUUUUGGGAGUCCAGAGUUUCAGAAUUCUAGGACAUAUGAAUAGGUUCCUAUCCUUGCACAAGCAGUGUGUCAGAGGCCUUGCUGAGACUGGAGUUUUAGCCUCCAAAGAAGCUAUACUGUUGCUAAGACCUGCUAGAGUUGCAGUCCACCAGUGUCACCCAUGGCUUGUUUGAAAGUAGUAUAUAACUUGUUUGACUGGGAUGUCAUGCCUGUGAUUUGGAUUCACUCUAGGUUUUUGGAUCACUAUAUCAGUGACCAAAGUUCUGGUGCAGGCAAGGCCAGAUUUACUCAUUCGCUCUGGUGUGAAAUCUGUGCAGUUGUACAUGGCUGUCAAAAUUGGUACAAGUAACUAUUGCCUCAGGCCUUAUAGCUCUUAUUAAUUUACUUUAUACAGUUCAUCAAAUCUAAUGUUGAAUAAUAAUGAUUCCCUUUACUCACACUCACAUUACUAUUGGUUGUAUAUAGCAAUUGUUGCAACUAAAAUAUGUUAAUGAUUGUAAUUUGUGGAGGGAGGAAGCAUUGGAUAAUACUGGAAGUAGCUGGCACUUUUGUUGUUUACAGUUAGAAAACCAACUGAACUACUGCACAUAAAGGGAGGUUCCUGCUGUAUGAGCUGGAAAACUUGAGAAUAGCCUUAUUUGUGCUGUUGAUUUGUGCUCUAAAUUCCUGAUUGCAGUUCCAAGCUGUAGCCACUCUUUCUGUCCUCGGACUGCUUGUAACAUUCCCCUUCAACUCAAGAACCCAGCUAUUACAGCAGUGCUGUUUAGAAUAAAUCUAAGGCUUCAACAACAAGAUGCAAUAGAUGCCAAUUAAUGUUUGUCAUGGUGCCUUUCUGAUAUUUAUAACUUCAGAGACAGACCUCCUGAAUCAAUAACAGUGGAAAAUGCAACUCCCACAGAUUGUAAAUAGUUUUCACUUCUGGCUUUUGGCACGUUAGCUGAUUUUUGCCAGAAAUUAAGGUCCAGUUCUGCAGCCCUUACUCAUGUGAGCAAUCUUUACUCACAUAGCUAUUACCAUUACCUUCACCACAGGACGUUUUACAUGAGCAACAGUUGCAGGACUAGGUUCCAAGCAUUUAAAUGUUCUAAAAAAAAAUUCCCAUCAGUGAAUUUAUGGAAAGUAACAAGGGAGAAAUCACUGUGUUAUAUACAUAUUUGUAUGUAUAUCUUUGUUUAAUGCAGCUAAGAUAUCCUAGCCCUAUGCAAGUAUCAUCAGUAACACUUGUGUAUUUAUAUGAAAUGAUUGAAAAGAAUAUAAACACCUAAGAGCCUUUAAUGCCUUAGAGGGAUUAUAACUAUAAACUACUUUGCAGUUAAAAUCUAUGAAAGCAAAUAUGUCCAUUGCUGCUGAAUGUAACUUUUAAUUAAAAAUGCCAUUUUAUA